AUGCUUCUUGGUAUCGAUGCGCUUGCUGUAGAGUCGCCAGACAGUGAAAUGCGCGGGAAGUCCCGGUUGGCCGGGAUCCUAAGAUCGUUCAGCGGGCCGGCGUCUCCCUCGCAGCGUAAGAAGCCCACGAUCUCGAACCCGCGGGCCGAGUUCCCGAUUUCCAAUGGCUUGGCCAGCUCCAAGCGCGCACAGGUGUUUUUGGACGUGCUCCAGGACUACCUGCCGCACGAAAACGACCACAAGCAUGCCAAGAGCCAUGCCCCGUCCACGUCCGCGUCGGGCCAGCAGCCACAACAGUUUCUAAAUGUGCAUCGGGGCGAAAUUGUGCAACUGGUCGAAACCGCCCCCAACAACCUCGUCAAAGUGCGUCUGGUUAACCGUCUGGGGCAAGGGCUGGUCCCUGCCCGAUGCCUCGCGGUGAACCCCAACCUGACACCGUCCCGGCUCUCGUCUGCUCUCAGACAAGAAAGCAUAGGACCCCGAGCCCCCACGGAAAGUCCAUUCCCCACCAAGACCCCGCUCACCCCUCCUUGUAGCACCACUCCCUCGCGCUGUCAAACGCCUGUAACGAACUCAGGUUUGCUAGCGAUUGAGAGUUGUCAAGUGAAAUCCAUCCAGCUUUGGGAAAACCGCAUCUGGUAUCGGGUCGAUUGCAUUAUGACUUCUGGCCACCAUCGUGCGCUGUCUCGCUUCUAUCAAGAUUUCUACUCUUUGCAGCUCCUGCUCAGAGACGAAAUGAUGAAAGAAGGCCUGGAAAACGUCCAAGAUCUUCUUCCUGGUCUUCCUACGCCUUGCAGAUCAGUGGACCCAUCUCUGGUUGAAACCAGAGUUGAAGACUUCAACAAGUACUUGCGCGAAGUAAUUCAAUCAUCCACAAUCCCUCAAACCAUCAAAAGAGAUAUUGUUCAGAAUAAGUGGCUAUCUCCAAGACCUGGAGAUAUGGUGAAAACUCCUCGAGGGUCCAUCUAUAAAGUGAAAAAGGUAGAAUCAUGGGAUUCUGAAGAGUUUGCCUGGGAGGCUGUCAAUAACGUCGACAACAUAGACAACACUGAUGGCUGCUUCAGCCCUAUUCCAUGCUACAAUGCUUUGGAGAUCUCAAAAGAGAACGCCAAUAGUAUCAAACGUUCUUCUUCCUUCUCAGAAAUGUCAAGCAAACCAGAAAUCAAACAUACACCAGCAACAGCCAGUUCUGCACCAACGACACCAGCAUUUUCACAAAUUCCAAUUUUCAGGCCACUUAUUCCAGCUUCGACCUUAAGUUGGGACGAGAAGUCGGUUAAAUUGAAAUUGUUAUACAAGGAUGAAUGUUUUGUCGCGAAAUGCGCCCCAUCUGAACUCAACUCCUAUCAAGACUUAGAUUUUUUAUGUCGCACCAAACUGAAAGGAUAUUUUCCCGACUCGGAUAUCCCUUUGACCAUUUCUUAUAUUAACGACAAACAAGAAUCUGUGACGGCAACAGAAGAGUCAUUCAAUCAAUUGUUCAUGGGCUUGAAAAGUUCCAAACUGACCUCCUACAAUACAACUUGCCCACCUUUGAAAAAGUUGGUUGUGCGAGUCUCUGCAUAG